GCUGCGAUUCCAAAAAUAUCGUCCCGACGAGCUGAAGAAAGAAGCACCGACCGGUCAUUCGCAUUCAGACAUCGUUCAGAAGAACCAGAGGAAGAAGAAGAAGCAGCGAACUUGCGGUUGGAAGCGUCGGAGGAGAGAUGGGAAGCAUCAGUUAUGCUUCCAUUUCCAACUUGAACUUCAUCCGGAAUCGCACCCACAAUUGCUUCGACUUGCGGGGACCAAUCAGAAAUCAGCUGGGUUCCGUUCGAGUCCACCACUCGAGGAGGCCGAGACCGGAGCUCAGUGCUCUGCGGAUCCGGAGGAGCCUCCGCGGUGACGUCGUUUGCUGCGCUGUUGAUGAUGAUUUGAGAGAGAAGCAGCAGGAGUUUGGCGCUGGACCUGGGGUUGGGUCCGCCGUCAAGGAGAGGCCUUCUACUGAUUUGGUUGAUGGAGUGAAAGAAGACAAUGGAGGAAGUUCGAUUUCCAAUUUUCUGUAUCCUAGUCAAGAGCUCCUCCCGGAUGAUAAAGAGAUGACCAUAUUCGAUCAUCUGGAAGAGCUGCGUCAGAGACUUUUGAUAUCAGUUAUAGCGGUUGGUGUUUCUAUUGGGGGGUGCUUUGCAUAUUCUAAAGACCUUAUAGUAUUUCUUGAAGCUCCGGUUAAAGAACAAGGUGUAAAGUUCCUGCAGCUAGCUCCUGGCGAGUUUUUCUUUACUACUAUAAAGGUAUCAGGAUAUUGCGGCAUUCUAUUGGGGAGCCCCAUCAUUCUGUAUGAGCUUAUAGCCUUUGUUCUUCCAGGAUUAACGAGAGACGAGAGAAAAUUUCUGGGGCCAAUUGUUUUAGGCUCAUCGGUUCUUUUCUAUGCUGGUAUCACCUUCUCCUAUAUGGUGUUGACACCAGCAGCCUUGAACUUUUUUGUUACGUAUGCAGAAGGUGUUGUGGAAUCUUUAUGGUCCAUCGAUCAAUACUUUGAGUUCGUACUUGUUCUCAUGUUCAGCACAGGCUUGUCUUUCCAGGUUCCGGUUAUACAAUUUCUCCUUGGACAAGUCGGUCUGGUAUCAGGAGACCAAAUGCUAUCAAUUUGGAGGUAUGUUGUGGUUGGCGCUGUUGUGGCAGCUGCCGUGGUUACCCCGUCAACGGAUCCACUCACUCAGCUUCUUCUGGCAGCACCCCUCCUCGGUCUUUACUUAGGGGGUGCCUGGGUGGUUAAGCUUACUGGCCGGUGAACCCUAUUAAACGCAUGAAAUUUAUUUGCAGUAUCGCGCAUUCAGUGUUUGUAAGGAUCUUUACAUUUGCAACAUGUAACAUAAAUGCGAUCUUAUAUAGAACAAGGGUGGAUUCUAAACUCGAA